AAAAGAAAAUACCCUUUAAAAAUAUAUUCACAAAAAUAAAAACUUAAAUUAAUAAACCCUAGCUAGUUAUAGAGACAUUAUUUAUUAUUUCAUCAUAUCCAUUUAGAAAAAAGAAAAAAAAAAUCCUAUUAUUAUGAUCAUCAUCUUCUAUAACCUUCAAUUCAAUAUCUUCUCUUUUCUCCUCAUCUACUAGCUAGUACUCUUCAAUCCCCAAAAGAUUUCCUCCAAAAGAUUUCUGUUGAGUCAGUUUUAUUGUCGUUUUUCAAUCUAAUCUCUCAAAACUAUAUAUAUAUACAUACAUAAAUAGAGAGAGAGAAGUGUCGUGAUAAUACUAUGGCACAAUUACCACCAAAAAUACCGAGCAUGGCACAGAAUUGGCCGAAUUCUUUUCAUCACCACCAAAAAUUGGCAACCAUGGCGAGUUUCGCCACCCAACAACAACCCCAGCAACAGCAGCAGCAGCCGUGUUGGGUCGACGAGUUUCUUGACUUCACGGCGACGCGACGAGGAGCACACCGCAGGUCGGCGAGCGAUUCGAUCGCUUUCCUCGAGUCGCCAUUGGUGGAGGAAUGUCGUAACUCGGCAGCCUUGAUGAUGAUGCAUGGCUCUUUCGAUAGGUUAGACGACGACCAACUCAUGUCUAUGUUCUCCGACGACGUGUCAUCUGCUCAAGCCGCCACCGCCGCCGCUGCCUCCAACCCCUCCACGCCUUCCUCCGACCAGAACAGUAAUAACAACAAUAACAAUAAUAACGAAAACGACAAUAAAUUGUUUGCUACAAUGUCGUUGGACCACAACCAACAACAGCAGCAGCAACCGAAAUCUGAACCGGGAGACGUUGAGGAUAGCCCCAGCGAAGGUGAGGACCACGCGCCGCCGUUGAAUUUUUCGGCCGCCGGUACUGUCUCAUCCGGUGAUACUAUAUUCGACCCUAAAAGGGUAAAGAGAAUUUUGGCGAACAGGCAAUCUGCACAAAGGUCCAGAGUUAGAAAGCUACAAUACAUUUCAGAGCUUGAACGAAGUGUCACAACCUUACAGUCAGAGGUAUCAGCAUUAUCUCCAAGAGUUGCAUUUUUGGACCACCAGAGAUUGAUUCUUAACGUGGAUAAUAGUGCUCUUAAGCAACGAAUUGCUGCUUUGGCUCAAGAUAAGAUUUUCAAAGAUGCUCAUCAAGAGGCAUUAAAGAACGAAAUAGAGAGACUAAGGCAAGUGUACCACCAACAAAAUAUAAAGAAGAUGGAAAAUCAUCAUCAUCAUCCUCAAAACGCACCGUCGCCCACCCAAAACUCAGAUGCCGCCGGUGACUGUACGGACAACGGUGCAUUAUAAAUUCAAAGUGCUAACCUGCGCCUUUUCACGUGAUGUGUUUCCAAUUUGUAAUGCUUGUGUGGGACCCACUCCCUCAUCACCAGUUUGUGCUUAUGUAUGCAAUAUUAUAUUCCUAUUCUUAUUGGUGGGUGGAAGCAUGACACGUGGACUUUUCAGAUAGGUCAUGACACGUGGACUUUUCAGAAAGUAAUGUUUUUUGGGGUUGGGAUUUUUUUUUUCAAUUAAUAUUAUUAUUUUCUGUGAUUAGUAAUUUUUUUCUUUCUUUUUUAAGAAUAUUUUUGGAUUUUGUUUCUUUUGGUGGGGGAGAGAAUUAAUUGUACCAAGGUAAGGUAAGGUCAGGCGAGUGGUAACAUCUUAUUCUUGCUUUGUAUUUUUUUUCCUCAUAGCAUGAAUUAUGCUAUGCUUUUUAUCUUCUUCUUUUCUAAUAUAUUGUUUUAAAUUCUUUUCUUUCUUUUUUGGAAUGUAAAAAAAGUUGGACAUUGAAUAUGAAUUUUGGUUCUUUAUGUUGAAGAGUUUAAUUCUAUCAAUUGCACUAAGUUAUAAAUGGA